UUCUUUGGCAGCUUGAAUUUGUUUUGACAACGCAAACAUUUUCAGUUUUCUCCUCGUCUCGCCUGUGUUGUGUGCCGCUUUCUUAUCGGGUCAGCUAAUUUUGAUUCCGCCCGCGAUUCAGCAGAAUUUCACUUCAUCGCGGGUGAUCUAGAUUCGGAGCCACUGGGGACCGAGCAUCAGAUUUCACCAAUAAUCCGCGAAAGUGCGCAGCAACGAUGACAUCCAAGCUGGAGAUCAACGUCCGGAGCUUGAUUGCCCAGUGCGAAGAACUCGCCUCGGUCGACCAACAGGACUGGCGAUUGAAGAAGUACAUCAAAUCGCUGGACACGAUGAUCUCGGAACUGGAGGAUCAAUUUGAACAACCGGAAGAAAAGCUUAUCACAGAGUACCGUAACCGCUGUGCAGAAUUGAAAAAGCUUUCAAACUAUGUAGAACCAUCGCCAAAUUUGGAACAAAAACGUCUGAAAUCGAGACUGAAGGCAUCCGGCGACAACAGCGGGGAAGAUGUGAUGCGCGAGAUCCGUCAAAUCCACGACCAAAAAUAUCAGAAAGAACUGCGCAGCGAACUCUUCAGUGGAAAUACCACCAUCCGGCGUCGUGCCGGCCAAAAGCUGGCCGAAAACCUCGAACAAACAGUCAAACAGUACUCAGAUGUCCAGGAGAAGCUUGCGGAGGACAUGCUGCUACUAACGAGGAACCUAAAAGAGCAGAGUGAAAUUUCCAACAAAAUCAUCAAGCAAGAUACGGAGAAUUUGAGUAAAUCAUCCAAACUGACGGACCAAAACAUGACCUCACUGUCGACGGAAUCGACAAAGCUACAGGAAAGCUCGAGCAAAGCCUGGAAAUGCUGGAUGUGGCUGAUGAUAGGACUUGUGAUGAUGAUUUUUAUAUUUAUGGUGUUAUUUAUGAAAAUAAUGAAGAAAAAGUCAUACUGAAAGCGUACCAACAACCGUGAAGUGCUUGAAGCUUCAAUGCUCCUAUCCUACUGCUGAAUAUUUAAAAACAAUUCCAGAACUCAUGCCCCAAUGUCGUAAGUAAUUUAUACAAUAUUUUCCAUGUUCAUUAUGUUUGUUAUAUUUUUAGUUUUUUUUUAUGAAAACGGAUAUAAAUAAAUUUUACAAUAUUUGCAAAAGCA